GCAAAAACUUUAAUGUCAAUGUCAUUUAGUACAAUUGCGAAAAUUACGAAGUGUGGACAAGGUUACUAGAAAUAGUGAUGCAAUGUUAAAGAAAUUUAUAAAAAUUACAUAAUAAUACAUUGGAUAUUGCUUAUCGAGUAACCAGAACCACAAUGGAUCCACAAAAAAUCUUUGAUUACAGAGAAGAAUCUCAGGCUGAGCGAAUCGCAAGAAAAUCAAAAGAUUCGCCAUUUAUGAUAAUUGGUAUUGCUGGUCUACUAGGAGUUUGUAGCUAUGGAGCUUAUAAGUUUAAAAGCCGAGGCAAAAUGAGCACAAGUGUAUUCCUUAUGCAGCUCCGAGUUGCAGCUCAGGGUACUGUUGUAGCAGCACUCACAAUUGGCAUUGGGUAUUCUAUGAUCCAAAGAUAUUUACUAAAAGAAGCAAAAAAGGAAUAAAUUUUGAAAUUUGUAGCAAAACUAACAUUUAGUAAAAUAUCAGUGAUGUAUGAAUGUAACAGUAUUUUUGUAGACAAAUUGAAAAUCUCUAUUCAAUCUCAUUUUUUAUAACUCAGACACAAAUGGUUCUGUAUGUAUUGCUUAAAAUAUGUUUAAGUUAAUUUAUUAUAAGUAGAAACUAAUUUUGUGUUCUGUGAUCUAGCAUGUAACAACAGUAAUCAUUAAUUAUUGAUGUACAUAAUUAUUUAAAUUUUAAGGAGUUUAUUUUUUCAUAAACAGACAUUUUAACAAGAAUUGCUUGAAUGCUACUCUUAUGGCUUACUGAAAUAUAUGUAAACAAAGAAAAUAUUUAUUAAAUGUUCACGAAAUAAA